AUGGCCUUCAGCUCAGCGUCGCUUCCCUUGCCACCACCAUCACAAGGUCUGCAACUCUCCAUUGAGCUAGCGGCUCUCAUUACAACCACAACAACUAUGAAAGACAGCAAGACGCCACCGCUGAGUGAUGGCUCUAGCGCCUGCUCCAAAGACAGCCCUUUCGAGUCCACUCCCACUUCUCUACUGCCCAACUAUACCGACGCCACUGGCAGCGCUGCUCGUCCAUCCAAUCAGGUUGAUCAGAUCGCGCUUACACUCAAGAAUGCCUCACUCAAACUCUGCGAUGGUCCCGGUCUGACCCCAGAUGAGCGUAAAGAGGUGGACAAGGCACUUACAAAGGGCGUCCAGAUUGCAUUAUCCAGCGCCAAGUUGGACAUCUGCAACCUCGAUGACCUCAAGGCUCAUCUCAAGCUGCUCAACCUCUUUGAUCGGUUACGACAGCACGUUCAGGAUGGCACCGAGUACUUUGACUAUCCUUCCUGCCAACAGGCUCAAGAUGAUGGACACAUUGGCGCACCCGGCAUUGAUGCGCCACCUCCGCCUUACGCCCCCACUGCAGAAUUGCCUCCUCCCACAAACGCCAAAUCCGGCAGAAAGCCUACCGAACAGCUCAAGCGCGAACAUCGAUGGAACAUCUUUCUCAACCGCGCCGCCUACCGUAUGGAGAUCUGGUUUAAUCAGAUACUCGUCUCCGACGCUGUGAACAAGCACUUUGACCAUGUCAUCCUGGUCAAGGAGAAGGCGGCCUUAAGGGAAUCCAAGGCCAAAGAGAUCGAUGGUGAAGACGUCGAAAAGUUGCUCGAAGGGCUGCUCGACAACGCCCAUGGUUUGCCAGACUUUGCUUUACCUCCUCUCGACGUCGCUCUCAUGCUUCACUCCUACCACCUCAACCCGCUUGCCAAGGAAGAAGACGACCAGCGCCUCAACCUUCAGCCUCCUCCCGAGCACCCAACCCAUGCUCAAGAGACCAACGGCGGUGACAUCUUUGGUCUUCGCGUAAAGUGUCCUCGAUGCCACAAGACUCAGUUCGUCCCCUGGACUGGUCAAGGCAAGGAUCCUUCGAAGCUGGGCAUUGGCGAGCUGGGCUGUGAGCGUGUCUGCACCCCCGUUGAAGGACCAGACGGCUGCACACAGCUCAUCUCGGCUGACCACCUCCAGCUCGGUCGCUUCCUUCAAGACUUCAAACGAUGGAGCAAGAGUCCCGGAAGGAAGUUUGAGGGCAAGCAAGUUUUCUUCAUGGCUGGCACCAUGCUUGGCUCAGCUCAUGCUCAGUAUUCCUCCCGAGAUUAUUUCGGCGAAGCUCUGUUGACGCCGAUUUUCCUGCAUGAAAAGCCUGCCGUAGCAAUGCCACACAAAGAUCGCCAUGUCGCCAAAGGUGCCUCAUUGCAGGAUAUCGAGCAAGUUGGUGUGCAGUGCAACUACAGCAUGAAGACGUUCCGCGCAUGGUUCGAAGUCCGAUGGAUGGGCAACGCCAUCACGCCGAAGCUCAAGUCUUAUGAAGAGAAGUCCAGGCAAAUGGCUCGCAUCGCCAUGAUGAUGCGCAGCUACCAGAACGGUAACGCUGCUGCUUACGGCGAGGGGCUCUGCGAUGUCGUCGAUGGCGUCAAGCGGCGCCCUGGACGAUGUCCUUCUGCGCACUUGAUCCGCUAUCAUAAGUUCCUCGAACUCAUGGCUAGUGUCGCCACAUUGCUCACACCCGCCUUGGACAUCGAUCUCUGCUGGCACACGCAUCAGCUCAAAUCCAGGUAUUACAGUCAUUGCUUCACGCUCGUCGGCCGGUUUGUCAACCACUAUGAUGCCAUUGAGACGGGAAUUUUAAAGGUUGCUUUUGAUCGCACUGCUUCACUCUGGAAGGACAGGUAUGGUCAGCCUUACUCCAUGUGUGGCUGUAUCUACAACGAUUCUGGUGCGCUGAAGAAGCUCAAAGGUCUGCUUGGUAGUGGCAAUAACAGCAGUGGCAAGGAGGCGAGCGAGUCUGCGCCAACCAAGUCUGGUUUCGCUUCGCGCUUGAAGGGAAAGUGGCGUGCUGCCAAGGGUCUUCCCGGCGACAAGCCACAGGAUGAUGCUACUGCUACUACUGUCUGGCAAGACGCAACCCACCCCAGUGCUCACUCGGCCGUGAUCGUCAAGGAAGAGGAGCAUCGUCACGAUAAGCUCCGAGAGCUCAUGGUGAAAGAGUGGGCGCAAGGAAAGCGCCGCGAAGGUCAUGAGAGCGCAUUUGUCCCACUUUACAGCACUCAUUACGUCAGUCGAGAAUCCACCGGCGACACCACACACAACGCUUACAGCAUGUACGGCGUCUACGGUAUGAUGGCCGUUAGUGGGCUUGGCAUGGGCAUGGCUGCGGGUGGUGGUAUGGUCGCCUUUGGAGGAGCUGGUUGUGGCGGUGGAGGCUCCUGA